AUGUCUGCUUCGCCCCAGCCGACACACUCCGCGAAGCGGCCCCUUGAGGAGACUUCCUCUCCGUCCGUUGCCGACCAGCCGGACGCCAAGCGACCGGCCCUCGACAAGAUUGUCAAGAGCGACGAAGAGAUCCAGGAGCCCAUCUCAAAGAGCAACGGCGAUGCCGCUCCCGUCGCCCCCGUCACGGUUACCGAGGCCAACGGCACCGAAGAGACCGAGACGAACGGAAGCAAGCCCGAGCCCGAGGUCACAGAUGGACAAGGCGACACUGUUGUGCCGGACGCCCCCGAGACCAAGCCGAUCACAGCCGCCGCAGCUAGCAGCGUGACCCAGAACCAAUCCGGCCCGCCGCCGGGCGCCAACGAUGAGACCGCCUGGAUUCACGUCCGCGCCGUGAUUUCGAGUCCCGAGGCCGCUACCAUCAUUGGUAAGGGCGGCGAGAACGUUUCCAAAAUUAGGCAGAUGUCUGGUGCCAAGUGCACCGUCAGCGACUACCAGAAGGGUGCUGUGGAACGUAUUCUCACCGUUAGCGGCAUUGUUGAUGCUGUGGCCAAGGCCUUUGGCUUGAUCAUCCGGACCCUUAACAAUGAACCCCUAGGCGAGCCCUCCAGCCAGCACUCCAAAACCUAUCCCCUCCGUCUGCUCAUCCCCCAUAUUUUGAUUGGUUCCAUCAUCGGCAAGGGCGGCGCCCGGAUCAAGGAGAUUCAGGAGGCGUCCGGAGCUCGUCUGAACGCUUCCGACUCUUGUCUCCCUGCGUCCACAGAGCGUUCGCUAGUCGUGAUGGGAGUUGCCGAUGCUGUCCACAUUGCGACCUACUACGUUGGAAGCACUCUCCUAGAGCAGCUCAACGACCGUUUCGGUGGUGCCGCCGCCUCCGCUUACGCAACGCGCAGCGGCGGGCCAGCCGGCGCUGUGCCUGGUGGCCUGCAGGUGAUUCCCUACAACCCCCAGCCGGCCUCUGGCAACUACGGCAACCGCGACAACUACCACCGCGGUCGUCCGGAUCCCCGUGGCCACCACGCGCCCCCCCAGCAGUAUCCGCCGCAGUAUGGCCAUCCUCAUCAGCCCCACGCGAAUCCCGCCGUCCAGAUGCCCUAUGGCGGUCACGCUGCUGGAGGGUACGGAGCGGGACCACACGUGCAGCCGCACCCAGCUGGUCCUGCCGGCCCCCAUGGCCCCGCCGGUCCCCACGGUCCCCCCAUCGCCGGUGGCCCGGGUGGUCCUGGUGGUCCGGGGGGUCCGGGUGGCCCGCUCACUCAGCAAAUCUACAUCCCCAAUGACAUGGUUGGCGCAAUCAUUGGCAAGGGUGGCCAGAAGAUCAACGAGAUCCGUCAGAUCAGUAACAGCGUUAUUAAGAUUAAUGAGCCACAAGACAACAGCAACGAGCGUCUCGUCACAAUCACUGGCACUGAGGAGUGCAACCGGAUAGCGCUGUAUAUGCUCUACUCUCGCCUCGAAAGCGAAAAACACAGGAUCUAA